CCGGCGGCGCGGCGUGCGGUUGUUUUUUGGGAGUUUGGAGUCUCGCGGGGAGCGGGAAGGGCGCCGCGGCGCGGUCUCCUAUUGUGCCUCUCCUUCAUCUGAUCUGUCACUGACAUCGCGGGCCCACAAACUGACACCCUCCUCGUCGCCACACUCCUCGCACUAGCAGUCGCGCUCUCUCCCCUUCUUCCCCCACCCAAUCCACACAGAGAGAGCAUCGCGCGGCAUGGCUUCCCCUUCCUCCCUCCUCUCAUGGCCUCACCGCGCAAUCUCCCUCUCCUUCCAACCCAAGAACCCCUCUCCCUCUCCGGCCACCGCCCGUGUCUCCGUCCAAGACCCGCCGCCGCCUCCCUCCGACGCCAAUCCGAGUCCGGGGAGGUCGAGCAAUACGAGCAGGUACGUCUGGGUCAACCCCAACAGCCCGCGCGCCGCGGGGCUCGCCCGCGCGCGCGCCGGGUCGGGCCGACGCGCCCGCCUCGCCGCCGCGGCGGCCGCGCUUGCCGCCUGCGAGGCCGGGGAGGCGCCCGUCGCCGCGGCGCUGGAGGCCGCGUUCCCGGAACCCCCGUCCGAGCAGGACGCCGUCAUCGUGCUCAACACGACCUCCGCCAGGCCCGCCGCCGUCGUGCUCGCGCUGUGGUGGUUCCUCCGGAACGCCGAGGUUCGCAAGGAGGUCAUCCUCUACAACGUCGCGCUCAAGGCCCUGCGCAAGAGGCGGCGCUGGAGCGACGCCGAGGCGCUCUGGGAGGAGAUGCUGCGCGAGGGCGUGCAGCCGGACAACGCCACCUUCUCGACCGUCAUCAGCUGCGCGCGCGCCUGUGGCAUGCCAGGCAAGGCCGUGGAGUGGUUCGAGAAGAUGCCGGACUUCGGGUGCUCGCCGGACAUGCUCACGUACUCGGCGGUGAUCGACGCGUACGGCCGCGCCGGGGACGCCGAGACGGCCCUCCGCCUGUACGACCGCGCCCGCGCCGAGAAAUGGCAGCUGGACCCCGUCAUAUGCGCCACGGUGAUCAGGGUGCACUCGAGCAGCGGCAACUUCGACGGCGCACUCAACGUGUUCGAGGAAAUGAAGGCGGCCGGCGUCAAGCCAAACCUGGUCGUGUACAACACGGUGCUGGACGCCAUGGGCCGCGCGAUGCGGCCGUGGGUGGUGAAGACCAUCCACAGGGAGCUAGUCAGCCAGGAGGCGGUGCCCAACAAGGCGACGUACUGCUGCCUCCUCCAUGCGUACACCAGGGCGCGCUACGGCGAGGACGCCAUGGCCGUGUACCGGGUGAUGAAGGACGAGGUGAUGGACAUCGACGUCGUGCUGUACAACAUGCUCCUUUCGAUGUGCGCCGACAUCGGCUACGUCGAGGAGGCGGAGGAGAUCUUCAGGGACAUGAAGGCCUCCAUGGAUUCCCGGUCCAAGCCUGACAGCUGGAGCUACUCAUCCAUGGUGACCCUCUACUCCUGCACCGGCAAUGUCGCGGGUGCGGAGGGCAUCCUGAACGAGAUGGUGGAGGCUGGCUUCAAGCCCAACAUCUUCAUCCUCACCUCGCUCAUCCGUUGCUACGGCAAAGCGGGGCGCACCGACGACGUGGUCAGGUCAUUCGCCAUGCUCGAGGACCUCGGCAUCACCCCGGACGACCGGUUCUGCGGCUGCCUCCUCACCGUGGCGGCCGGCACGCCGGCGGAUGAGCUGGGCAAGGUGAUCGGGUGCAUCGACCGGAGCAGCGCGCAGCUAGGCGCCGUGGUGCGGCUCCUGGUGGACGCCGCGGCGCCCAGCGAGCCCCUGAGGGAGGCCGCCGGCGAGCUGCUGGGCGGCGCGCGCGGCGUGGUGAGGAUGCCGUACUGCAACUGCCUGAUGGACCUGGCGGUGAACCUGAGCCAGAUGGAGAAGGCCUGCGCGCUGCUGGACGUCGCGCUGCGGCUGGGCAUCUACAGCAACGUGCAGACGAGGACGCAGACGCAGUGGUCGCUGCACCUGAGGGGCCUCUCCGUCGGCGCCGCGCUGACGACGCUGCACGUCUGGAUGAGCGACCUGUACGCGGCGCUGCAGGCCGGGGACGAGCUGCCGCCGCUGCUCGGGAUCCACACGGGGCAGGGGAAGAACACGUACUCCUACAAGGGGCUCGCCACCGUGUUCGAGUCGCAUCUCAAGGAGCUCGACGCGCCGUUCCACGAGGCGCCCGACAAGGCCGGCUGGUUCUUGACGACGAGCGUCGCGGCCAGGCACUGGCUGGAGACAAAGAAAUCGGCAGAGUUAGUAGCGGUGUAAAACGCAACAAUGGAGUAGGAAUAUAUAGGAUUUUUUUUUUGUUGGGCUUUUCGUAGUAUCUCAAUUUAUGCAGGUGUUCUCAGGUUUUCUCCCUCCACAGAUUUCUUCUAAUGGUAGAUGCUCAGACUUGCAUAUACUGUUGCCUCUGCUUCCAUUGACAGAAGAACAUCAGUCAAAUUCCUCAUUCAAUUGAAAAUAAAAAGCGCUGUUAACAUUA